UGUGAUCUGUGUAAGCGGGAGAGCGGGGUGGGCGACGAGUGAGCCAGCAUAUCUAUCAAGGAAGCAAAGUGGCAGUUGAAAAAAAAAUGUAGGGAUGCCAGUGUGGAGAGCCUCUGUCAAGCGAAUGCCUGCUGUGGCAUUUUUGUCGUCGUGCCGCUGUUCUUGUCACUCUGCCUACGGGGUACGUCAAGCGGCGGCGGCCGAUACAGUGCGUGCACUGCGGGCGGCGAAGCGGCGCAGUUUGUCUUCGUCGCCGUCCUCUGCGCCCGAACCGGACUGCGCCCCAUGGCGCGGGCAGGCAGCCCCCGGGCACGGGCUUUUCAUGUCUGGCCCGGCGCGGGCGCUCCAGCGGCUGCCCCGCCGGCGCAUGUGACGCGGCGAACUAAUUUGGCCCAGGCCGGCGCGAUCUUUCCGGAGGGGCUGCCUAGUCUCUGCUCGCCGGCGUCGCCGCAGCAUGCAUGCCAGGGCGCUGCUGAUGAAAGCUCGGGCGCGCAACUGCGGGCGGCAAAUGCAAUCGAUUUCGCAGCGGCGAACGCCAUCGCGACGCCACCGCGUACGCGCACGGCCCCGCUCCUGUGUUUCCCCCUUUGGUGUGUUUUCGCGCUAUUGCAGGCAGCGCGCGCCCGCCGGGCUGGGGGGCGCGUCCUUUGCCCUGGUCCUUCUGUGUGGCGCCCUUCGUCGGGGGCGCCCGCCCGCUAG